AUGCGACUACUAAAUGCCAAUACUCUCCAGCUCCGAGAGUUCUACGACCAAGACGUCCCUGCCUAUGCAAUCCUAUCUCAUACAUGGGAGGACGAGGAGCUCACCCUACAAGACCUGACCAAUCCUGCCAGUGCAACCAAGGAAGGCUUUUCCAAGGUCCGGGCACGUUGCGCCCAGGCCGUAAGAGACGGGUACGAAUGGGUAUGGGUCGACACAUGCUGUAUUGAUAAAACUUCGAGCGCGGAGCUCUCCGAGGCUAUCAACCACAUGUUCCGCUGGUACCAGCAAUCUUCGGUAUGCUACGCCUAUCUGGGUGAUACUCUUCAAGAACUCAUCGCUCCUGGUCAGGUUGAGUUUUACGACCAGGAUUGGAACGGUGUCGGAACCAGACUGUCGCUGAUCGAAUUGAUUCAUCAAGCCACUGGUACAAGGCGCAGCAUACUUUCUGGCCAAAGUUUCUUGGCCCUUACAAGCGUUGCCGAGCGCAUGUCCUGGGCUUCGACGAGUAAAACCCCGAGGCUGGAGGACAUGGCGUACUGUCUUUUGGGCAUUUUCGAUAUCCAAAUGCCGCUUUUAUAUGGAGAAGGCUCGCGGGCUUUCAACAGACUCCAACAGGAGAUUCUCCGGACAACCGAGGAUUCGAGCAUCCUUUUGUGGGCAUCCGUGUCGACCUCCCUAGAACCAGGUGUGCUUGCGCCCUCACCUGCUGAGUUUCGCGACGUAGCGAUAUUGGAUGUCCACGAUGAUUUCAGUAUCGAGUUCGUCGUGUUUGGCCUUCCCUAG